CACAAGUGGGUGAGUUCUUUCCCCAAACCUUGGGUUGCAAUCCUCUUCAAGUAUAAUUUCCCCAUAAUCGGAGGGGAAAUGGCACAGAAGGUUGGGUGAUGGGCUGACAAUGGGAAGUCAUAAUCACAGAGGGCGAAUCUCUCGGGAAGUAGAAAGAGGGGCCCAGGGGCAUCUAGCCCCCCGUUCUGGCCCAGAGGCCCUCCCCAGGCACUCUUCCACUCUGCUGAGCCAGACGCUGCAGGCACCUAAAGGGGACUCAGAUCUGGGGUGUCUGGGGAGGGGUUUCCGUUUCCUGUGGAGCGAGGGAGGGAGGCGGUGCCAGGAACAACAGGCCUUCUGAGGGCAAGACAGAAACUCAGGUUCUGCAGAAGUUCCACGAAGGCAGGCUCUGCAGAGCACUGUCGCUGCUGCCCUUCCGUCAGAAGAAGGGAGAACCGCAUGCCAUGCCCCCGAGAUUCCAGAAUGUUCUGCUGCAGGCUGCACUGCGUCACGUGCUUUCCGUGUGAGCUGACACCAUUUCACUCACACAGCUUAUUUUUCCAUUGUCUACUCCGUCUUGUUCUAUGUAAUUAAUUUUACACUGUCCACAUCUAGUAAGAAUGCAUUGUUCAGUACUUGCUCAAGAUUCUCAGUACGUCUUUCUUGUAGGAGAUGCUGUGUCUGUCUGUGUGCUUAUGUCGCAUGGAUUCCCCGGGCUUGGAAAGGAGCCUUAGAGACGGGGAAGGAGGGGCAGCCCCUGAGCACAGGGAGGGGAGGGGGCUCCCCAUUUUCCUCUCUAACGCUGUGCCUCCUUCUCCCUCAGGCGGCCAUGACAAGCCCUCCCCGUCUGCCUGGACAAGCCCUGUGGUUCCCCUAGGGCAGCACGUGACUCUUCAGUGCCACUCCCACCUCGGGUUUGACAGGUUCCGGCUGUGCAAGGAUGCCGGAGGCCAUGUCCCCAACCUCCAGGACGUAAGAUUUCAGAACAGCCUCCUUGUGGGCCCUGUGACCUCAGCACAUGCGGGGACCUACAGGUGUCUCGGUUAUUACAGUCGCUCCCCCUCUGCGAGGUCGGCGCUCAGUGACCCCCUGACGAAUGUGGUCACAGGCGUCUACAGGAAACCUUCCCUCAUAGCUCAGCCAGGUCCCCUGGUGCAAUCAGGACGGAACGGAACGCUACAAUGUCGCUCAGAGAUCACGUUUGACAGCUUCAUUCUGAUUCUGCACAGAGAGGGGGGAACCACAGACCCCUUGCACUUCGUUAGGCAGCUCCACGAUGGGGGCUCCCAGGCCAACUUCUCCGUGGGCACUAUGACUUCUGUCUGUGCAGGGACCUACAGAUGCCUCUGUUCUCUCAGUCACUCCCACUACGAGUGGUCAGCCCCCAGUGACCCUCUGGACAUGGCGAUCACAGGUGAGAAUGUCUAGACCUGCCCUCAGCCUUACUUGGGAACACCAACUGGACGUGCCAGGGCUCGGAAGCCCCAGGUGGUGGUGAGGGAGAUGAGUGGAGGCUUCUUAUGGAGAGAAACAGAAUGGGUUUGAUCUACAUCAAGAGAGACAACGAAAGAGGAGAAACAAUUACAGACAACUUGCUAUCACGUGAAGAGCAGGCGCAGCUCAGAGGCACUCAGAAAAGGAGAUGAAGAGUGAGGUGAGGGAUACAGGCAGACAUGAAUGUAUCAGAGAGAGGGCGCCCUUCCACCCUGACUUUGUUCAGAGACUUGAAACAGUUUAGAAAUCUGCUUUCCAUUUUAACUCUACACUCCUCUUACUAAAAGAACCCAGAGACACCAUAUAUCUGACCCAAAUUGCAUGACCAAGCUGGCCUGUCUCAGGCUGAUUCCCCACGCACCCUGUGUUCUCAUCCCCUAUGUCACCCACCCACAGAUGCUGUGUUUACUCUGACAUGGCUUCGUUCCAUGUAUUUGAGCCACAAUGCGCCCCCAGGAUACCAUAGUCCCUGGUGUAGGAGUCAAACGGUGGUUCCUGUACGUUGUGUGUUUUAUGGGUCUUCAUUCUGUAUCCUCAGGCCAUGUUGCAAGGUCACCCCAAAUGUUACAGGCUUAUGGAGGUAAAAAGCCCACAGAGAGGUAGGAUCAGAGAGAAAGCAGAGACA